AUGAAUAAACCCGCGCAGGGGAAGGAAGCCGGGGAGAGCGGCAAACCUGGGCAGAGUAACAACCCUGGGGAGGGCGGAAAACUGCAGGAGAGUAGCAAGCCUGGGGAGAGCGGGAAACAUGGGGAGAGAGGCAAGCCUUCCACCAGUGGCCAACGCGGCUUACCUAAGGGGAGGCAAAAAAUAAAGCCAAUCCAAGUCAGGCGAAGCUUGAAGGACAUCCUAGUGAACGAGAACCCCAGUCAGCUAAUCCUUAAUUAUAGUGGGAAAAAAAUAGCGAGCGCUUUUCCUGAUGAGGAUGUGAAGAAGCAGGACAUUUUAAGUGAGUCCAACACGGAAGAACCAACAGAGGGUGAAGAGAAAAGGGGAAAAGGAGGAAACAUGGAAAGACUCUUUAGCAUAAAAGCAAUCGAUAGCCACCAACAAAUGAUGAUGGAGGAAUUGAAACAGCUCCUAAGCAAAGAAGACUUAACUGAUGAAAUGAAAAAUAAUAUUAAAUCGCUAUAUAUAGAAGUGCAGGAAAUCUAUAUGGAAAUAAAAAACGACUUAAAAAAGAAUUGUCCCUCAUCGGAGGAGAUACUAAACUUGUAUCGAUCUGACGACAUCAACAAGAAGAGUAAGAAUGCCAUUUGGAAGAGGUUCUGUUUUUACAAAAUGCUCAGUGAUCAGAUGAGUGACAUUCACAUCUGCACCAUCUCGUCGUAUAGGCUAAAAUAUCUGAAAACGAUUUAUAAGUGGUACUGUAAGAAUAAGCGUGUUUUGUUUGGUGGUCGGUUUGGUCAUGGCUCUAGGGGGGAAGGGCCCUCUGCUGACGCAGAUGACACGGCCACGGAGGACACGACGACGGAAAACACGGCCAGUGAUGUUACCACGGAUGGUGAUACCGCCAAUGGGGAUACCACCGAUGGUGAUGCGACCAAAGAAGUGAUCGAUGCGCAGAAGGGCGUCGUGAAGGGGGUGAUAGACGGGAGCGACCCAGUUGAGGCACCUGCCCCCCCCGACUCAGUGACGUGUGUGGAGGGGGGAACAUCCCAGACCGGGCAUGGCUCAUCACCGCGGGGGGGAGAAGAAAAUGGGGUAAAGAAUAAGGAGGGCGAAAGAGGAGACACAAAGGGGGGUGACACAAAAAACGAAAACAAGGGUGACACAGGACACUAUGGGAGGGAAACUUCCGACAAUUUCGAUGACCUUCUCACCAGGCACAUGCAGGAAAUAAAGAGACCUGGUGGUGAGGGGGAAAAGCGGGAAGUCCCUUGGAGCAAUCAUCAACAGGAAGAAGUGCAAAACGAACGGAAAGAUGAAAUCCUAGAGAGUUACAUAUUUCCUAGUCCCCUUUUUGAAAAAGGUACACCCGAGGUGAAGGAAGAGAAAAAAACAUUUAGCAGUGUAGACAGAAAAGAUACCAUCCAGUUGGACUACACCGGGGAGGAGGACCUGAUGCCUACCCAGAUUGACACAAAGAGGAUCCUGGAGCUGGAGGAAGAAAUCAAACGGCAGAAGCUGCUAAUCAAGGAGAAGGAAAUGGAGAUAAUUAACUCUCCAAUUGGGAUCAAAUUUAAGGACAUCUUUGGGAACUUCAAGGACAUCGACAUAAACGAGUGA